CCGCGCGUAUAACAUCGUUUCUUCCUUUUCCUUUCCUCUCGCUCUUUUACCCCUCGCAUUUGCUCCUCGCGUAUCUAUAUCACGCGAGUUUGGAAAAACAUUGAGAGAGAAAAAGCGAGAAACUCAAUCGAUGAAGCGCGUCUUGUGUACCAAAUAGGACUUUCGAGAAGAGAGAAAGAGAGAGAGAGAGAGAGAGAGAGAAAAGGUGGAAGAUAAGGUGGAUAUAAGAUGAGAGCCGAUGUCGUGUCGACGAUGAAUUUCUGCAAUCAGAUGUUUCACUGUUGCAUCUUUCCGGAGCAAUCUUGAGGAGGUUGGAUGUUGGAUGAACGCGCUGUCGCAAGGAAUAACAACGCGCUCCGUUUCUACGCCGGCAGAACUGCUGAUUCGCUAUUCGUCGAGUGCUCUCAUGAAGUCUUCACUCAACGGAGAACAUGAAGGCCGAUUAUUUAUCGAUAAUCGCUAAAUUAUGUACGUUGCUGAUUCUGUUUGGAUCGGCUACAAAUGUCUACUCACUCGAUAUACGAUCAUGCAACCAGUCCCUGGGGAUGGAGUCAGGUGAUAUACCGGAUUCAGCUAUCACUGCGUCCUCAUCGUACGUGGCGAACGUCGGACCACGAAAUGCUCGACUCCGGAAGGAAACCGCCGGCGGUGCUUGGUGUCCGAAAAGCCAAAUAGAGAAAGGGGUAUACGAAUGGCUUCAAGUCGAUCUACAUGGUGCUCACGUCGUUACCGGUGUGCAGACACAGGGCCGUUACGAUCACGGUCGCGGUCAGGAGUAUGUUGAGGGUUACACGAUAGAAUAUCGACGUCCUGGCUUCGUUGAGUGGCGCCGAUAUAAGCGCCUGGACAACUUAGAGGUCUUAGCCGGCAACAGCGACACCUCCACCGUUGUAUCGCACAAUCUAGUUCCACCUAUCUUUGCUAGCCAAAUCAGGAUCUUACCGCAUUCCGAGCAUAGACGUACAGUUUGCCUUCGCAUCGAGCUUAAAGGAUGUCGGGAUACGAGUGGCAUCGUAAGCUACACCACACCAGAUGCUUCCAUAUCGGAUCUCAUUGAUAUUUCGUACGACGGUGAGAAGCAGAAUAAGUUAUUGACGAAUGGCUUAGGCUGCUUAGUCGAUGGCGAGGUCGGCGCGGAUAAUUACAAGCUGGACUUGGGAAAUGGAAAAGGCCCGGGCUGGGUUGCUUGGCUUCGUGAUGCCUUCGAGAAGAACUUUGUGGAGCUCAUCUUCGAGUUCGAGGCAACGUUGAUCUUCGAAGCGGUACACAUCUAUACCAACAAUUAUUUCUCAAUGGACGUGCAGGUAUUUUCAAAGGCGGCUAUAUGGUUCAGCAAUGACGGCAACACCUAUGAAGAAGAACCGUUGCUUUAUUCUUAUAUACCGGACUUAGUGCUGGAGAAUGCGCGGAACGUUUCCAUCGGUCUUCACGGACGACAGGGAAGUCUUCUCAAGCUACAUCUGUACUUCGCCGCACGGUGGAUCAUAAUCAGCGAAGUAACGUUCGACGCAACAAAUCCCUACGAAAACACUACUGAAGAGGCUGCGUCCGAGUUCAGCAACCGGGAAAUUCCAGUCAACCCCGAAGUGGAUCUCAACUUACAAACGAUUACAGCAUCAGGAGAUGGUCAAGAAUAUUUGGAGGUACUGAUAGGUGUCCUCACUGCCAUUAUAUUGUUGCUCUUAUUGGUCUUCUUCAUUAUCCUAUUUCUAAAUCGACGACAGAAGUUGCAGAGCUCACCGACAGUAUUGAAAAAUCCAUUUGGCUUCGCCAUAAAUAUGAAGGGUCUACUUUUAAAUUUAACGCCCGGCGGAAUGCUGACAGCGGAAACCGCCAAUCACGUUUCACCUGACGUGCCAGAAGACGUCAGCAUGCACGAGUCACUUACGAUGGAACAAUUUAAUUCGCCGCUCGUCAGUCCGCAAUACAAAUCUACAUACGCGAUCGUAGCAAAUUCUGAAUCUUCGAAGGAUUUCGAAAACAUAGAAAUACCGGAGGAGAAUGUGCGACUGGACGCAAGACCGGAAUCUGCGAUCGGUCCGUCUAGCUGUUCCUCGUCACCGACUAACUCGCCGGCUCGUCAUUCCCAACAUUACAGGACCCUUCAAAGUUAUAGCAGUCCAACUAGGAAACUCAAUAUCGCGGUUACGCCGAAUCACCAAAGGGACGUCGAUCACGUUCACUCAAAACGCUGGCACACAGCGCCAAAGGAAAAGCACAAGAUACCAGCGCCAGUCGUCAGUUGGAAUAUUGCGCCCAGUAUGAACAAACCGUACAAAUGCAAGGAAAUUGAGCCAACUAAUAUACCUCGUCAGUGCCUACGAACGACAGAAAAACUUGGCUCGAGAAACAUAGGAGAGGCUGUAAUAUGCGAGGCUGUCGGUCUAGACGAGGUUGUAUCUGACGCUCCCAGAUUAGUCGUUGCCCGCGUACCCUUGUGUACCAGCGAUAUUCGAACAAAUAGCACAGUCGAACAGAUGAGAGAAGUGCGAUUUCUGUCGUGUUUAUCCGAUCCGAAUGUGGCACGUGUAUUAGGGGUUUGCACUGUCGAGCCAGUGCCAUGGACGAUUAUCGAGUAUACAGAACUCGGUGAUCUGGCUCAUUAUCUUCAGUACAGUGUACCACUCACGGGAACGCUCAGGCCAAACUGCAAUCUAAAGACCCUUAGUCAAAGUUGUCUGCUGUAUAUGGGUACACAGAUAGCAUCCGGCAUGAGAUUCCUUGAAUCGAAGAAUCUGGUGCAUAAAGAUUUGGCGGCCAGAAAUUGUUUGGUCGGUCGCUCUUACACUGUCAAAGUGACUGACAUAGCCAUGUGCAGCGAUCUUUACAAGAAAGAUUACAGCGAUAUAGGCGGCAGACCCCCCGCACCAAUUAGAUGGUUACCUUGGGAAAGCAUUCUACUAGAUAGGUAUACAUGUUCGAGUAGUAUAUGGUCUUUUGCCGUGACACUCUGGGAGGUAAUGAGUCUCGCUAGGGAGAAGCCCUUUCAACAUCUGUCAAAUGAUCAAGUUAUUCAGAACGCUGAGCAUAUGUAUUACGGAGGAGAAUUACAGGUACUUCUGCCGAAACCAACAAUGUGCCCGGAAGAAGUCUAUCGGAUGAUGUGUUCAUGUUGGAGAAGAGACGAGACAUCGCGACCAAAUUUCAAGGAUAUCUACACGUUCCUCAAAAACAUAAUAGCAGACUAUCGACCCGGUGCAUAAAUAAUCUCGGUUAACUGUGAUACAGAAUGAACUAAUAAUCUCUUUGAAUAUGAAUGACAACACACACACACACACAUACAUCGUCGGGAAUAUUUCAAGCAGGACGGAACGUUUAUACGAGAUCGUUAUAGAUUCGCCAGACAUGACGCCUCGCGAAUCAGAUUCUCCAGAAAUGUACAAUCGUUAGUUUUAAACAUACGUGUAUCGAAGAUGCUGGACUUUGUGUCUCUUUUCUCUCGCAGAAAAGUCGACAACAAAUGCAGAGAAUUCGCGCUGCGAGCGCAAAGCUCAGCGGCGAUUAAAGAUUAUCAUCCAAGCAAAUUCUAUCGCUGGUAAUCUGUUAUCCAGACGAAAGUAAUGGCGAUAACGGAUAUCGUAAUAUCGAAAUGCCAAAGCAGAAAGCACGAGGGGAGAGAAAUGUAUAAUUAUCGUGCAAAUAUUAGAUUUAUUUUCUUUAGAUAUUCAAAAAUUUUGCUGUUCUUCGACUCGAGUGUAAAGUCGCGUCACUUUUGUCUGGACGUCUAAUGAAAUUUCAUUUUCUAGUCACUAUGAAUCUUUAAUUCUCACGAAAGUGCUAUCGUGUACAGUAUUCUAGCAUAAAUAAUGUGUAAUAUGUACGUCACUAUGCUCAGUACUGAUAAAGUCUAUCCAUUUGUACAUAUAAAGUUUAAGUCUUAACAUUAGAUAAAUGGGAAAUUUUUACG